AUGGACACAGGAAGCCUGUGCACCGUGGAGCGGCGCGGCCGCGUGCACCUCAUCACCAUCACCGGCGCCGGCGAGCACCGGCUGGGCCUUCCCCUCAUCUCCGCCCUCCGCGCCGCCGUGGCCGGCGCCCGCGCCUCCCCAGGCGCCGGCGCCCUGGUCCUGGCCGCCGAGGGCAAGUACUUCUCCAACGGCUUCGACCAGGCCUGGGCGCGCACGGUCCCACUCCACCUCCAAGUCUCCAUGAGCGAGGGCUUCCGGGGCCUCCUCGCCGACCUCCUCGCGCUGCCCAUGCCGACCGUCGCGGCCGUCACGGGCCACGCCGCCGCCGCCGGGUGCGCGCUGGCCCUGGCCCACGACACCGUCGUCAUGCGCGCCUCCCGCGGGUUCCUGUACAUGAGCGAGGUGGACGCCGGCAUCAAGAUCGUCGACUACUUCGCGGAGCUGCUCCGGCAGAAGGUCCCCGACGCCGCCACCAGGCGGGACAUGCUCCUCGCCGGGAGAAAGAUGACGGCCGCGGAGGCGGUGCGGCGGGGCGUGGUGGACGCGGCCGCGGACGGCGGCGUCGAGGACGUGGUGGCCGCGGCCGUCGCGGCGGCCGAGGGGCUCGCCGCGAGGGGCUGGGACGGGGAGGUCGUGGCCGAGAUCAGGAAGGCCAUGUGGCCCGCCGUGUGGGGAAAGGUCAAGGAUUACGGCGGCGCCGAGACGGCGGCUGCGGCGCGGCCGCGGCUGUAGGCUCCGCCGUGCUGUAGGCUCUUGCGUAGCUAGAAACUGCUUGCAGUCUAGCUCUGAACUGAAGAAUUGUUUCUUCCAGGAACAGAAUAAUCGAUUGAGAUUGCUCGGGGUGCUGCUGAUUUGUGAUCAACUUGUGAAGCAUGAAACUGCUUUCGUUCCAUUCGAGCAUUGCUCAAAUCACCAGUAGACCGUUAGUAUCAGUGAGCUGUUGUG